CUGACGUCAGAAAUGUAAGAAAUGGCAGCUGGAGGCGACUGGGCUUCACUGCCCAGUGUUGUCCUUGAGGAUAUUUUUUCGAAACUGUCACCUAAAGACAGAAUCAGAGCCUCAUCAACGUGUCAUAAAUGGAGGGAAUUCCUGUUUCUUCCUCAAUUUUGGCCUGUGAUAACCUUCAAUAUGAGUUACAAAAGCCGACCAAGAUCCAGAUUUUUUAGUUCCAAAUGCGCGAAAUUCGUGAAGGAAGUAACCAUCGAGUUCAAUUCAACCAGAUGCUCUCAGGUUUGGGAUUGUACUCGGUUACUAGAACUGUUAUCUAGAAACGGACAGUUGGAAUGUGUAUCGCUUCGCCCUUCCAAUUGCUACAUUGAUGGUGGAGACGGUAGUUUGGAAAGUUUCCUUGAAUCCUUGCGCUUAGUGGUGAAAAGAAACAGACGCCUGCUCCACUUAUCUCUUGGUUGCACUGAAAUUCUGUUAAAUAAUUCUAAAGAGGUUUUAAGUCUACUGGUGAAGCAUCAUGCUCCAUAUCUUCAGUCCCUGCACUUAGCAAGUGUCAAAGAAGAUUCUGGUUCUUAUAAUCUCCCAUUUAAUAGACUGGACAAUAUUUCUGCUUUUUCAAAUCUUCGGUCUUUGAGCAUGGACUAUGAUUUUCUUACUCCUCACUUAAUGGCAAGUUUGGCUCAUCGUCCCCACACAUCCCUAUCUUUGCAAUGUCUUAGUAUCCAUGUUCAUCGAGCAGGCCAGCAACAGCCAACAGAGGCUAUGUGGAAAGAGCUGAUGGAAGCUAGUCCCAACUUGGAGCUAACAUUGAACUUGGUGCACUCUAUUGAAGGUGUCCAGAUGCUCCUUGACAUUUUAAAACCAUCAAUGCCAUUAACACACUAUCGACAGUAUUUUUGUGGAGACAUUAGUGUAGCUGCACUCAAUAUUAUUAGUAAUCAUUACCGCUCUACUCUGAGAUCUUUAACAAUAGUAGAAGCUAUUGAAAUUCAACCAAUCAAUUACAACAACUACGAUACAGAAGACCCGUUUGUGAUGCUUGCCUGGCGGUGCACUAGACUGGAAGUUCUUAAACUGAUUGGAGUUUCUGUGGACCAGAAGGACUUGGUAGCUAUAGCGCGCCUAAGAUCAGGGCUGAGAGAGCUGAUGGUGCCAUCUUGUUGUGUCUUUUGGAGUGAAGAAGAUGAAGAUUACUAUGAUGAGGAUGAAGCUCUUUUAGAUUUGCAGUACAAGGUAUCCGAAAGCCUUGGGCGUAGGUGGCAUCUGCUACCAGAAUUUAGUGUUCCACCAGCAGUUUUCUUCAGGAAUGCAGAUGCAGACAAUGCUUAUAUGUCUGAGUUGCUGGAAGACCAAACGUGGAGGAUGUUUUCAUAAAAUCCCUGCGACAGGAAAGACAGCUGGAAUAAUCAAGGGAUGUCUAUUUGCUUUUGUUUAUGUAACCUACUAGACAUUACAAACAAAUGCUUUUAAUGAGCAUAACAUUUUGUUUAAUGGUAAGUCCCAAGAUUUUAGGCAUUUAUAAAAAUUACUUUAGUAUGUUUACAAAAAUGUAUAUCCCUAAGAAAAGGCUGUUUUUUUUCCUCUAAAAUUAUAACUGUACAAUAUAAAUGUCAAAAUCAUUUGACUUUUUAAAAAAUGGCACUAAAAAAUUAGACCCAUAUUUUUAUCUAAAGUUUAUUUUUUUCUGCAUUUGACAGUAUCUUGAUCAGCAUGUAAACAUGUCCUAUGUCCCAGUAGGGGCGACAGGCAUACAUG